ACCAGAAAACCUAGGCGCCAGGAUCUUUCUUGCACCGACGGACGGAGCUCCGCAGGACCAGAGCACGCGAUCGCGAUGCAGCCCAAGAUCAGUUCCUUCUUCUUCAACUCGCCUCCUCCUCCUCCUCCUCCUCCGCCGCCGCCUCCCUCUCCGAAACGCCCUCCAGCUCCGUCUCCGCUCCUCCCAGACGACGGCGGCGGCGACGACCUGGCGCUUUGGGAGAGGACCCAACACGCGUUCGUCGCGACGUACGAGCGGAGAGCUCCCAAGUCGCUCCGGUCUGAAAUUCUCGAGGAUUCGAGCAGCGGAGAAGCGACGAAACUCGAUUCCGUGGAACCUGGCCUAAACCCAGAAUCAGUAGUGGUUGGCGGUACGAAAGUGGUCAACAGAAACAAGAAAAGGAGCUAUGCUCAGUUUCAUCUGGAGUUGGGGCAGUCCGAUUUUCUUCUCCGGACAUGCUCUGAGUGCGGGAUCAAGUACGCGCCUGGGGACGAAGGAGAUGAGAAGGCUCAUGCGGCAUUUCACAAGAAUUAUACUCAAGGACUACAGUUUAAGGGUUGGCGCAGUGAAAGGGUCAUAAGCACACCUUCCAUUGAACAAGGGCGUAUCGUUAUGGUAUUGGAUAGUGACCCUCCUGCUCAAAGAAACAAGGUACAAGAGGUUGUGGAGAUGAUGGAGGUGGAGCUUGGAUCUGGAUGGAUUUACCAUAGGCAGUGUAAGGUAUAUCUAUUCGUAGCUUCUCAGAGAAUUGCUGGAUGUUUAGUCGCGGAACCCAUAAAAGAGGCAUUUCGAAUCAUCUCCUUUGGAGAGAACAGAAGAGCAGAAGGCGCCGCCGUUAAGGAUACGAGAGUAAAGUCAGCUGCCCUUCAAUUUGGGAAUGUGGUCUUCCAAAGGGAAGCAGUAAAAAGAAGCACUUCCUUUAGGAAAUGUAAGAAAUUGGAGAACCUACUAAAUGGAGUGGUCUGCUGUGAAAAAGAAGCUGUAUCGGCCGUCUGCGGCAUAAGAGCCAUCUGGGUCACUCCCUCCAACAGAAGAAAGCAUGUAGCCACUCGAUUACUUGAUGCUGCUAGGAGUAGUUUCUGCUCGGGUACUGUUCUUGAACAUUCUAAGACGGCAUUCUCUCAACCGACUUCUGCCGGCAAGGCAUUGGCUUCCCAUUACAUGGGGACUGAAUACUUUCUUGUUUACAAGACCGACAGAUCGGAACCCUGAGGCGGUCGUCUUCAUAGUCGAUGAAUAGCAUUUAUGCUUUCAUGUAUGCAUUUAUAACUGUAACCAUCUGAAUCCGCAAUAACAUUGGGUCUGUACUUCUUUUACCGAUCCCAGCUAUUUAAACUCAGAUGGUUCUUUUGAACCGAGGAGCAAUGACUCUUC